CACAGGAUGGAGACGAUGCCGUGCGAGGUCCCCUCCGAGCUAAGCGGGUCGGUGUCUCUGUCACCGCCCGCAGGACGAGCUCCCUCAGCCGCGACCGGGCUCGCCCCGCCCUCAGCACCAACAUGGCGCCGGCCCGCCCCUCAGGCCGCGCCGCGUGACGUCACUGCCCCGCCCCUCCCGCGCAGGGCGGCGCGUGCGCGCGGGCGGCCCCGCUCAAGGUCAGCGCGGGCGCUGCUGCCGUCGGUUCCGCCCGGCGCGGUUCCGGUUCCGGUCCCGGUGUGCGGACAGGAGGACAUGGCGGCCCUCGGACGGGCGUCCCGCCUGCUGCUCGGCGCCGCCGCCCCGCGCUCCCUGCCGGCGCGCGGCGUGGCGGCGGCCGCGGCACACGAGGAGGGCGGAGCCCGCAUGUGGAAGACGUUGACCUUCGUGGUGGCGCUGCCCGGCGUGGCCGUGUGCAUGCUGAACUGCUACCUGAAGGCACAGCACGAGCACGAGCGGCCCGAGUUCGUGCCCUACUCCCACCUCCGCAUCAGGACCAAGCGUUUCCCCUGGGGUGAUGGGAAUAAAACUCUGUUUCACAACCCCCACGUUAACCCUCUCCCAACUGGUUAUGAAGAUUAAAACCAAGAUCCUGACAACAGCCAGAACUUUGGCUCUUGAACCAGAAUGUUGAGUGGGAACCAUCAUUUCUGGGGUCCUAGUUUCAGAAACUCUGUUUCUUCUGAGAUGAAGCUGAGUGGUGUUGUGGCCCCCGCCUGUACUUGUGAUGGGGCCCUUUAAAUAAACAAUUCUGAACGUGAA